AUUGACGUCAAUAAAGGUUAAAAAUAUUGACACAUUGUGAAAAUUUAAACAAUAAUUAUUUUUAAUGAGCAAGGAUGAAUAUUUUUUUUUGAACUUUACUGACACAAUACCAUUGUGUACAUGAGCUCUCUACCCAGUGAAAAUAAUGAAGCUUCUAGUCAUUUUAUUACUUUUUAAUAUAUCUUUUGUAAUUUGUUACAAACCAGUGAUUUUAUUACAUGGGAUUCUAACAGGACCAGAAAGCAUGAUACUGUUCAAAAACAGAAUCGAAGAAAAACACCCAGGGACAAUCGUUUACAAUAUCGAUCAGUUCGGAGGAUGGUCCAGCUUGGAAAACAUGUGGUACCAAGUCCAACAGAUAUCUCAGACCAUUUCAAACAUUACCUCAAAACACCCCGAAGGAGUGCACUUCGUAGGUUACUCUCAAGGCGCUCUUCUGGGUAGGACUAUUUUACAAGCAAAUCCAGACCACAAAAUCCUCCGAUACAUAUCUCUGAGCGGACCGCAGGCCGGCCAAUACGGAACUCAGUUUCUCCAUAUUUAUUUCCCAGGUUUAGCACUAGAAACAGCUUUUGAAUUGUUUUAUUCCAGAGUCGGUCAGCACACUUCCGUGGGGAAUUAUUGGAACGAUCCUUAUCACACUCAAUUGUACCUAAGCUAUUCCCAGUAUUUGCCUUACGUGAAUAACGAGAUCCUUUCGAAUAAAAGCGAUCAGUUCAAACAGGCUCUUACUAAACUCGACCUGUUGGUUCUCAUAGGCGGACCGAAUGAUAAUGUGAUCACUCCGUGGCAAUCAAGCCAAUUCGGUUAUUACGAUCACAACGGGACAGUUGUGGAGUUGAAAGACAGAGAAUUGUACCAAAAUGAUACGAUAGGCCUGAAGACUUUGUACGAGAAAAAGAAACUGAAGCUGAUUACAGUACCUGGUAUUGAUCAUUUUAUGUGGCAUCUCAACUUAUCUAUAUGUGAUAAUUAUGUUUUACCUUAUUUAGAUUGAUUUUAUUUAUUGAGUGAAUACUAGUGAAUCAUAUAAAAUAUUGUAAACUAUAUCAAUAUUGUAUUUAAGUACAAUGACACAUUUUCCUAUACAAGUAAUGGAAUGUUUUUACCGAGUCAGUUUUAUUAAGCAAUUAAAUUGUUUACUGCAAAAGCAAACAAAAAAAAUUGCUCAUUAAAUAAAUUUCGUAUCUAAUUAUGUACUAAGAUAUCAAGUGAUUAGUAUUAUGUCGACAUUAAAAUCGUCUUUUGGCUAAAAAAUAUUUUUCGAAUAAAUGUUGAUACAAUCUAAUUUA